UCUGGCGAUGUCACGUGACCUGAUAUAAUUCCGCUCUUUUCCGUGUCAUCAAAACUCGCGAUAAGAGAGCGGGGUGGCAGGUGACAGAACCCGGAAGUGUAGUUAUUUGGUUCUUGCUAAGUAUAGACGCUCUGAAAGCGCAAUGGACGAUACACUUUUUCAAUUGAAGUUCACUGCAAAACAGCUGGAGAAGUUGGCAAAGAAGGCAGAGAAGGAUUCCAACACAGAGCAGGCCAAAGUAAAAAAGGCAUUGCAGCAGAAAAAUGUUGAAGUUGCACGAGUUUAUGCAGAGAAUGCCAUCAGGAAAAAGAAUGAAGGUCUGAACUGGCUGCGAAUGGCUUCACGGGUAGAUGCAGUUGCAUCCAAGGUCCAGACUGCUGUAACCAUGAAGGGGGUGACAAAGAAUAUGGCUCAGGUGACCAAGGCACUGGACAAAGCUUUGAGUUCUAUGGACUUGCAGAAAGUGUCUGCUGUCAUGGAUAAAUUUGAUCAGCAGGUUCAGAACUUGGAUGUGCACACAUCGGUGAUGGAGGACUCCAUGAGUUCUGCAAUGACACUAACCACCCCUCAAGAACAGGUAGACAACCUCAUUGUACAGAUUGCAGAGGAGAAUGGGCUGGAGGUGAUGGAUCAGCUAAAUCAGCUGCCCCAAGGAGCUUCAUCAGUGGGCGAAAGCUCUACCCGCACACAGGAGGAUCAAUUGUCCCGCAGGUUGGCUUCUCUAAGGAACUGAAGUCUCAUGGAAUGUUUAUCUUUCCUGUCUGGAAGUCAGGUGUUUUGGUUACACUGGGGUCACCAUAUAACACUGAGGCCAUUGCCAACCACAAUAAGAGGAUAAGGAUGCAGGGAACCCAGCUUUUACUGCUGCUAUCCAGUUUCGUUGAGUUUAAGGGUGACCUAUACUGUAAUCGAUUAAGUCCUAAUGGACUCAAGUCUGGGGAUUAACAUUUUAUAUGUGUGGUUAAUUCAUCUUUUGUUGCACUUUCUGCCAUUAAAGCAGAACUAUCUCAUGCUCUACCUGUACGGCCUUAACUAAUGUCAAGGCCUUGAUCUAUAUAAUCAUUAAUAUGGAACAUAUAAGCCAAUCCUAUGAAAUAGUCACAACUGUUUUUCAGAGCAGUUUUUUUUUUCGAGAACAGCGACCACACAUGAAAUUCUUUCCCUAAUUCUAUAGAUUUACUUUGUCAAAUAGUUAUUUUCUUCCUUAGUCAAUGCUAUAAGAACUCACAUCCUCCAUGUUCUCCAAAAUUCAGCUCUUUCUGACUAAAAUUGCUCUGUUUUAAAGCACCUGAUUUUGUUUUUUACUUGCUGCUUUCCUCUAUUAUUUGGUGUUUAAUGUUUCUCGGACUGCUUGGUGAGAGUGUUGUAUUGACCCCCUGCUUUACUGAGUGGCACUCUCAUUCUGCAGUGCACUGAAAACUCUGUUUUCUUUUUUGUUUUGUUUAGUUUUUGUGUCCCAGCCAAACUGAAAGGCAGAAAACAUUAAAAAUGGCUGCAAAACAUUUAUCCGUUCAAUACCACGUGUAUCUACAGUAUAUGCUACAGUUUCUUAAACUGCUUGAUUGGCAACCCAUCAUUGUAGCACUUAAGUGUCCAGGACACUACUUCCAGAACACUAAGGUUUAUUUGGCCCCUUAGUUGCCGUAAAUAUCACUGUGCCUCUUUACCUGAGAAGUGCCAGAGGGCAGUGCCAAGCAUGAUCCGAUAUAUAUCUUUAUUGCUGUUAAAAAAUAAUCUGGGAGUUGUACAGCUAUAAGCUUACAGCAAGCUACAGGAACCUUUUUUUUUUGUGGUUAGAAGAUGUUCAGUUGGUCCCCCCUCUAAUAAUCUUUCUGCAACAGAAAUAUUCAUGUAACAUGAAAAUGUUUCUUUCAAUUUGCCUUUUUUAUAGUCUUAUUUGGGGUAACUUAUCUGUAAAGAAUAAAAUGUUUUAUUUACACUUCAAAAUACAUUUUGUUCAAUGCUCAAUAAAUAUUGUACCUUUAAA